AUGGUAGACCCACCGACGGAAGACGACAUUCGGACACUUUUGGGAGAUGCGACGGUGGAUACAUGGAAUCAGGAAAAAGUGACACAAUGGCUGGAAGAGAAGGGUUGGGGCCAGUUCGCGUCCACGUUUGAAAAGCAUGGGAUCUGUCGAGAAAAAUUCUUUCAAAUCACUCUAGCUGAACUAGUCGAGUAUUUACCAAGGACCAUGACAACUUAUUAUGAAAGACGGAGACUUUUAAGUGAGAUCAGAUCAUUACUCCCUACAACGCCUGGGCAACAGCAAAAGCACACACCGAGCACACCCGCCAAUAUUUCAAUUAAUACAAAUUUACAUGAAUAUACGAGAUUAGGAGAACAAGAUGGAAAAGGGGGAGACAGAGCUAAAAAUACUCGAACAUCUCAUAGUCCACCAAGUGCCAUUGCAGAGCAUAUAACUACCAGAGAUAGCGGCAUUGGCUAUUUAUCUCAUUACUCUGCUGGUUCUUCCUCACCUUCGCCUUCAGCUUCGCCUUCUUCUGACCAUUUGAUUGCACCCUUCUCGAAGAAAUACAACAGCAGCUCACCGACCAGAUCUUCGUAUUCGCCCAAAGCUGCUUUCCACAAGAUUAAAAACACAUUCAGAUCACAUGCUGCUCCAUUAAAUCAAAUGCAAACCACUACUGUGAUUCAGCCUACCCAUUUUAACCAUCCACAACAACACCCACCACAGCAAAACUCAGCAUCUUCAAGUCCGCGUUCUGCACGGCAUGAAUCGGGCGAUGAUGACCGAGGUAGGCGCACAUCGCCAGCUAUACCUGCACGUGUGUCAUCCACACCAGACAAGAUUACAAAGUUUUGGGCUACUUAUUCAAACUGGCAUUCCUCAUCACCAUCCUCCAAUCAUAAGAAGCCCUCACCAUCAUCGUAUACCCACGAAUAUCAGUCACCACAGCUCAAGAAACCGACAGAUCAACGCAUUCAGAUCACUGGCGAUAAAGAGACUUGGUACAGUCUCAAUGUGACCAACAUGAGAGACCCAGUAGCCAUCAAACAACAUAUCCUGAGACGCAUGCAAUUCAGUGGUGAUUGUGAUCAGUAUCAAUACUUUCAUGAAAAUGGCGCUGAUCCAGAGAGGCCAAUGGACCCACAAGAGCUCAUGUAUCUAUGCUCAAUUGCUGAUCGCUCGGCUUCACAGCGCAUUUUAGUAAAACCCGUCGUUGUACAUACUCAAGCCUUUAACGAUUUCGUAUUCACGCUAUCCACACCAGAGUUAGGCAAAUCACCUACAGAUAUACCCUCAAAUCAAAGUCCUUCCAGCACAGGCAAUAAAGGAUCGCCUACAUUCAAACCACUAUGUCGAAAAGCAGCCAGAAGACCCAUGCCCCCUCAGCAACACCAGCAACAGCAACAGCAAUACCAGCAGCCACAACCUGUUGGUAUCCAAUUAUCCGAUCCACCACAAAUGGAGAAAUGUAGGACAGGCAGUGAGCCAUUUAUUGUACUACCCACAGCACAAGCAUUAUGGCGUCGCUCUGAACCCGAGAUGGAAAAGAUGAUAGAAACCAGUAAUCGUCACAGCAACAACAAUGGUGCCAGUUUAUGGGCUGUGCCUCCUACCCAGCAACAACAGCUUCCGCAACUUCCUCUGCAACAGCAACAGCAACAGCAGCAGCAACAGCAGCAGCAACAGCAGCAGCAGCAGCAGCAGCAGUUAUGGGCUGUAACACCUCAUACUACUAACCACACGAUCGUUAGCCAUCAUGGUAUAUCCAAUGAUCUAGGCCAAAUGCCGAUCCAUUCCUCUAGGAAACCACCAGCAGUAAAUAAGCCAUUACCUACACCUCCCCUUAAAAAAACGAGUGGAGUCGUGUUUUGGGGAGAGAGACCUCCUGCAGAAGUUGUCUUUCAACACAUGGAGCAAUUCUUUGAUAGCAAAGAUUUGGAUAAAGAGGUUGUAGUCGAGCCCAUCAAACGACACACCAAAUCCAUCCGAUUAGUCGCACGUGAAGCCAGUCGAAAGUACAAGAACAACAAGAUGGUACGUCGCAAGAGCACCAAAGUAUGGGGCCAGCGUGUGGUGGAGCUCAAGAACCGUAGUCAGAACGUCAUGGCGCGCUUGCCAUCCGUCAGUGAGCAUAUGCGUCUCUCGCAUGGUCAGAGUAACAUCAAAGACGAAGGCACUGAUGAUACAAUGCAGUGGAUUCGAGGUAAAUUGAUUGGCAAAGGCUCCUUUGGACGAGUGUACUUGGCCUUUAAUGUGGGCACCGGUGAAGUGAUUGCUGUGAAACAGGUAGAAAUCCCAAAGACCGCAUCUGAUCUACUCAAUGAAGAGCAGCAUGAUAUGGUGGAAGCCCUAUAUCAAGAAAUCAUGACUUUGCGAGAUCUAGACCAUGAGAACAUUGUGCAGUAUCUUGGCUAUGGUCAGGACAAUGCAGAGGGUGUCAUCAAUAUCUUUUUGGAGUAUGUCUCUGGUGGAAGCGUAGCGAGUCGAUUGGCACUGCAUGGUGCAUUUGACGAAGCCCUGACAAAAUAUUUCACUAGACAAAUAUGCUCGGGUCUGGCCUAUCUCCAUUCAAGGCACAUAUUGCAUAGAGAUAUCAAGGCUGCCAACAUCUUGGUGGAGGUGGAUGGCGUAUGCAAGAUUUCUGAUUUUGGCUUAUCGAAAAAGAACGACUACGAUGAGGUAUACGAUCAAAACUCAAGAAUGUCGCUACGUGGCUCUAUCUAUUGGAUGGCUCCUGAAGUGGUGAAAAACGAACCCUAUAGCGCCAAAGUGGAUAUCUGGAGUCUAGGGUGCACUAUGAUUGAAAUGCUGACAGGACAGAGGCCAUGGAUUGCCUUGAGUCAAAUUGCUGCCUUGUACAAUCUUGGUAGACUAAAUACACCCACUAUACCCGAAAAUAUAUCUGAAUGUGCAAAGGAUUUCCUGCGGCAGUGCUUCGUCAUCGAUCCACUGAAACGACCAACAGCUACUGAUUUAUUAGCGCAUGACUUCCUCAGCACAGACACCUCAUUCCAAUUCAAGGAUUAUGUUGAUAAAGGGAGAGUCUAA